AUGCUGCAACAGCCUACUUUACUACCUCACCCAUCAGCGGCACUACCAGCUCCAACCACACUGUACUCGCAAACGACACCACCACUGCCUUCAUCACACCUAUACGAGCAUUCGUCAACCUCCAGCCCACCCUCUGCUCAGUCUGCGUCACGAUCAUACGAUUCGACGACAGCAGAGGAGCAGCAAGCCUCUGCAUCUCGACCACGCUCUAUCUCUGCUUCCUCGGCUGUUUCCCAUCUCCGUACUCCUAGUAUCAGCUCAUUGGCUCCACCCGAGACAAAGUCUCGGGCUCGCUCAGGCAGCGAUGCGGGCAGCUUCACCCGCAGCUGCAUCUCCAACGGCUACUACUCCAAUACGGAUGAUGAAAAUGUCGACCAAGAACAUAGUCAGAGGCAAUCUGCAGCUUCACAUAGUCGUUCGGGGUGGCAAGCAUCUUAUGGUGCUGCUGCAUGUAACUCAGCUCCGAACACUCGGAACUCGAGUUUCCAUAAGAGCAACCAGCCGCAACAGCAAAGAAUUCUCGAUGACUCGCUUGGAGAUUCUGGAGAUGCUGACUGGGAUGCCGAACUCGGAAUCUCUGAAGCUGACCACGCUGAGCCUUUGCGCUUGCCUUCACUUCAGCACGCAGAGCAUGUCUUGCAUCCUGCCCCAGCCAGUACCGGUGAUGCUGCCGCUGCUCUGUCCAGUAUCAUCAGCAACAAACUCGCUAUCAACAGCCCAGGCACGUCGGUUCAGCCCACGGCCCAUCUGGAAAGCAUCAAAGCUGCUGAUCUCAAGGGCAUUCGUGUCACCUCUGCUGUCAGCGAAAGCUGGGAUGGCGACUUUCUUUUCCAAAAUGAAGAGGACUCGGUCGAAACUGAUCUGCAACACGGCGGUAGUAGUCGGCUACGAGGCUCGAGAGAACAACACGACACGACGAGGGGCUCUACUUUGGGACUCUUGUACUCACAAGAUGAACGAGAUGCAGAAAGCGAUGAUGACGUCGAGAAUUGGGACGAUGCAUUCGCAUGGAACGCCGACUCCAUCAUGACUCCCUCGGCUUCUACGUCGUCCUCAUUGCACGACCUCAUGCUGCGUUCAAGCGUUCAGAGCAAUGACUUGAACAGCACACCAACGCGGUCCAAGCGUACCUCGGCUCAUGAACUGCAGCUAGGUGGGGGUCGACGCUUGGAGCACGGCAAACAGGAAGCCUUCGAGAAGAAUCGCCUGUCAAACGGGUCAUUGGCCAGCAAUAUCACCGACUUUUCUGCCCGCCUGGCUGCGCAGUCCGAUACUGAUUCCUUCCGACCAAGGUCAUCACAAGAUAGUGAUGAUUUCUGUGCUUCGCAUGCUUCGCAUGCUUCGCACUCGAAGCCACGCGCCGCCGUUGGUCAAGUUCACAACAUGCGCAAGACAAACCGCAACACGAUCAACCGUAGCGACGAUAGCGGCGACGACACGGAAACCGAAUCGCCGGCCAAGGAGACCUCCGCUCCUCUGGCAGCCCGUCCGGCACGCAGGUCGCUUGGUGCCGCGCUCGGUUUCGACUCGCGCCGCAAAUCAGCCACAAAAGAGCAGUUGACGACUGUGCAGUCUCCCUCGCGUGAUGGGACCACGGUCAAAGGCGACGCUAGUCAUGCAGUAACACAGUCUCAUGCCAGAUCUCAGUCCAAGUCCAAACUUGGCGCUCUGCAACGCCUGAGCUUCUCGCGCUCUCGCCUGAGCGUUGCUAAUGCCUCCAGCACCAGCGUCAACGAGUUGGUCGAAGCAGACAAACCUCCUCAGCGUCCGUACGCCGACAAUGUCAAUCAGAGCCAGUCUUCUCUCCUCAGUCAGACGUCCACCUCUUCGAGUCGCUCGCGUCGCGGCGCUAGUCCCUCAAGUCUCGAGAAGAGCUACACGGCACUGCGCAGCACCAGCUUCCGUCGAUUCCUAGGUCGUGGUAACAAGAACGGUGCUGCUGCCAUGCACAACGCCAAUGCGGCGGCUGAAACAACGCCGCCUUUCUCACCGCCUCGACGCAGGUCAGAGCACUCUCCACCCAUGUUGCCCGUAUCGAGCCCUCAAAGGAGGCGCGCUACACUAGCGCAAGCCUCAACUCAGCCAAAGUCGCCACCGUUUAGCUGGACGGGGAUUCGGCGCUCUAUCGAAUUGACCCCUAAACGUCAGAAGGAGCAAUCGAUUCCAAGGAAAAGCGACAGCUUUCAACGUGAUUCUCCGGCUCAGCCUCUCUUUACUCAAGCCGGAAGACCGGGCAUGGCACCCACGGACCCGAAGCUUGCAAUGCAGCAGGGCAGUACCGCCUUCAAAGUGCUCCAGGGCAGGUCGGACCGCCCAGUCUUCGGUGCAGAGGGAUCGUCUAUUGACGUCAAGGACCGCAGCAAUCUUCCUGCUGGGGGUCUUCGGCGCGAAUUUUCCAGUUCCAACACUCUGCGUGCUGGUCCAAGCAUGUGUAUGGGAGAUGCAUCGACGCCGACACGCUCUGGACGCUCCAAACCGGAUGCAGAAGCUUCAACAAGACGGUGUCGGACCGCUGCUGAAGUUGGCACUCGUCCUCCUAUUCGUUCUGACGGAACUUCGGUUGAUACCGCACCGACAUCUUACGUCUAUGGCGGCAUCAACAUGUCAAGGGGCCCGGACGGUCACAGUUCAGCAAGCAGAUCAGUCUCAGCAUCCACCGCUCACAGUUACACGAGCGCCGAGUCGAUGUACGGCUACAGAAUGAGACAGCAGAUCUCAGUAUCUAGCGGACCCGAGGCACAAGAUUCUGAGACUUCGUACGGCACUAGCGUAGGAAGCUCUCCAGGCCUGACUGGUCAGUGGUCUUGGGCAUCCUCCGGAAAGCGAGGUGCUACUCCCUCCAACGACGCCGCCAAAGAUACUGCAUGGACAGCGUCCGUCGAUUUGUCCGAGCACCAGGAGUCACCCUUACGACAGGACAGUUACCAUAGCCGCGUGGACAGCGUGCCCGGGUCACCUCUUGCGCUUGAGACGACGCUCGACGGGCGACCGAUGCUUCCUCAUACCCAAGCUGCUCGCAUGCAGUUUUUGGCCGACACGCCGCUCUCUCCUUCUCUUCACACAAGCUCGACACGAGAAACCCCUGCUCGGCUCGAAGAGCCUCUUGCACCAUCGCGUCCAGUGCCGACAAGCGCCUUAAAGCCGGGCCAAGUUCGGCCAACGAGCUCGAACACUGAUACGAGCAUGGCUGGUAUGCCAUCGUCCAGUGAAGCAACGUCGUCGCCUGCGACCGCAUCGUCCCGGAAGGGUGCCCCACGACGAAACAGUCUCAGCGAUCUCAAAAUUCCAAGCCGGAUCAGUAAAGCACAAACGGGUAUCCGCAACAACAUCAGCCUAGUGCGCGAUUUCGCAAGAGGCAUUGAAGAGCUCAAGGUCUUAAAGGCGAGCUACAUAGACUCGAAAAUCAGGACGCCGCUCUCACCCUCGGACGUUGAAGAAAGAGUUCAGAACUGGCUCGAAUGCGCCGACGUGCUGAUCGGACUGGGUGAAGGACGAAGCGAGUCCGAUGCCACUGCUCGCGUCGAUACCGUGUCGCAUGCGCCUCUGUCGACUCACAUCGAUACUCGUCGCACUACCUUCUCGGAUGCGUCAAGCCAUGCUAACCCCACAUCGCCUCUGGAGGAUUGGACGUCGCGUCAAUCAUCCGUCUCAGGUGCUAGAAGUGCGAGCGGUACGAGCCAAGCAACGACGUCAACCACCGAUGGUGUGCGAAGCGUUGACGUUCACAGAGAGAUCGACAUCUUGUCGGCCAUCCUGGGCGGGCACAAGCUGUCUUCAGCCUCUGUGAGCGAAUCUCGGCCGCACGCACGCUUCCAGUCUGAUCCGUAUACGCGCGACGAGCUGCCGCAUGGCAAUGCCGCCUAUUCUCUGGAGCCCGGGCUCAAACGGCCAAAUCUGACGACACCUGACAGCGAGAUUCCGCACGUGAUGGGUAGCGAAGAGACGAAUCGGAACAAGUCAUUGGAACGGUCAUUCAAUACCGCUCCUGCUCUCGGCAGUGCCAACGCAAGCUCUGGGGAAGUCGCAGUCUUCGACGGAGUUGAUGUUGGCGACGCUAAUCGCAGUGCCAAGCGACGUCUUCGAAGUGCGAGCCGUGCUGGCCUGCAAGGUCUCAGGGACCUGCUCAGAGUGUUCAAGGGCAACGCUGUCGAUGAUGUCGCCGCUGCUGCUGCUGCUGCUUCGUCCAAGGGAGGGAGCGUGGCUGAAGAAGAUGUUCUCACCACUGAUGACCUCAAGGAGCAACAGCCACGACAUUCGCUAGAGGGUCGGCCAUCGACGCCUUCAGCAUCGAAGCAAAAACGUAAAUCGCUCAAUCUGAAGCGUCGAUCGUUCUUGCGCUCGAGAACGUCGCUGGAGAGUGUGUCAGCCAAGGCAGCGGAAGGGCAGAUAAUCAUGGAGGCGGCACCACCAUUGCCCGUCUCACCCGAAGGCGGACGCUUCACACCCGCCUUGUCGUCCAAGAUCGACAAACGCCAGCCAGAUCCAUCUCCAAGCAAGACCUCGCUCGACAUUACCUGGGAAACUGGAGCUGCCGAUCGUUCUCGAGACGGUCGAGAAGCGCAACGAUCGGCAUCGGCGACGUCGAAGGCGGUGAGACGCAUCUCUCUUCAAUCGGCACUGAGCGCCAGCAGCAUCAAGCGUCGGUCAGUGGAUGGCCCGCGACCGAGCUUGCUCUCCAGCAAGGCUAACUACACCCCCCAUACGCAUUCGAGCACGCACGACCGUCUGCCUUCGUCCUCGCACCAACAGUCAUUGUUGCAGCAGCAGCACCGCCGUCCGAGUCUAGCCGUGCAACCCAACGCAUCCGCCGAUAUGACACCGCCAGACCCACGACGCGCAAGUACUUCAGUCGACACGGUUCAUCGCCAUCACUACCUCCAGCUCCAGAUGCAGCAGGGUCUAAAGUCUGCACGCACCACGGCUGCGGUUGAUCGAUCGCACAGCAGCUCAGCCGAAGCACCGCUGUCGCAGCCCGUGGUACAGAAGCUCGCACUGCGACCGGAGGCCAUGCCUGGACUGCUGGUGUACGUGCAGGCGACCAAGCAGCAUCUGCAAGCUGCUAUUGACGAACUGGGGAUGCAGCAAGAAGCUGCCACAAGGUGA